GAGAGAGGGUGGAAACAUCGACAUCUUCUUCUCUCAUUCACACUCACACUCACACAAGAACCAAAAGCAAUGGGUGUAAGCAACAACAUAACCGCAGUGCUGAACUUCAUAGCCAUCCUCGCUUCAAUUCCCAUCAUAGCCUCUGGCAUUUGGCUGGCAUCAAAACCAGACAACGAGUGCAUAGCCAACUUCCGCUGGCCAAUCGUCAUCAUCGGCAUCCUCAUCCUCCUCGUAUCACUGGCUGGCUUUGUCGGUGCUUACUGGAACAAACAGGGUCUCUUGGCCCUUUACCUCUUCUCUAUGGCACUCCUCAUCGCUCUCCUCCUCAUCCUCCUCGUCUUCGCUUUCGUCGUCACAAGACCCGACGGAAGCUACUAUGUUCCCGGAAGAGCCUACAAGGAGUACCGCCUCGACGGCUUCUCUUCCUGGUUGAGAAACCACGUCACCGGUUCCGGUAGUUGGCAGAAGAUAAGGCCCUGCUUGGCUGCUUCUGAUGUCUGCAUUAAACUCAACCAGAAUUACAUCACUGCCGAUCAAUUCUUCAACUCUCAUAUCUCUCCCUUACAGUCAGGAUGUUGCAAACCUCCCACUGUUUGCGGAUACAAUUAUGUGAGCCCGAUAUUGUGGACAAACCCUGUGAAUCCAAUGGGUGAUCCAGAUUGCCAAUUGUGGAACAAUGACCAGAGUCAGCUAUGCUAUAGCUGCAAUGCUUGCAAGGCUGGUUUACUUGGGAACCUCAGAAAAGAAUGGAGGAAAGCAAAUAUCAUUCUUAUUGUAGCUGUGGUGGUUCUUAUAUGGGUCUAUAUCAUUGCUUGUAGCGCCUUCAGGAAUGCCCAAACAGAAGACCUCUUCAACCGUUACAAACAGGGUUGGGUUUGAUCUUUGUUCCCUCCCAGCACUUUCAAGUUUUUAAGAUCCUUCUUUCUCGUCCCUGUUAGAGUAUCUUCUUUAGUGUAUAUAUUCCUUUUUCUGUUUUCUUUCUUGGCGUUAUUGGAAGUAAUGCGAGACAAAUAAUUUGAUACCAGUCUCAUUGCUCAGGGAAACCUGAGAGUAGAAUAUUCCAAUUACCUUUCCUC